AAUUGACUGGGGUUAAAGGUUUCUUCUUGAGAGGAUUUGAAACCCCUUUCAUCAAGAAUUGAUUUGACUAAAAGCUGUAGCCAUAUCACGUUUCACCUUUGUACCUUUGGGUGGAUGGAGCUUACUAAAACCUGAUCAGCUCGAAGAAAUAAGGGCAAAGUCAUUCAUUUGUAGCACCACUUUGAGUGUUAUUGCUGAAACGUUACAAGAACAUCAUAAAGAUGUUUCUCCCCUUGAUCCUGGGAACCACUGGAUGGACACCUUUUGAUUCAAAACCAUUUGACUGCUUUCUUCAAGGUCUGACAACAUGUUUUCUCUGAUUAUGGUUAAAUUCUCAGCACUUUUCAAUGUCAUGUCUCCUCUUUACUGGCUUAUUUUUGGUUGUGUUUUUUUUAAAGGGCUCGUAGGUGCAUGUGGAAUAUCAGUGCUGUACAACCUGCUGAGAGUCUACAAUUUUGUUCAAAAUUCCAAUGAUUCUGACUCUGGAAAUGGAAGCAAACCCAGGUCAUCCUCACUGGGCACGUCUCUGAGAGGGAACUGGAGAUCAGCCCUCCAGUUCUGGAUUCUGACUGUCCUCCUCUCUCUGAUGGGCUCGAGGGUUUUCUCCCUGAUAGUGCUGGAGUUUUCCCUCAGGGCUGUUUCUACCUGGGCGUCAGCUGGACUGGAUGCCAGUGGCAGAGGUCUAGACAUGAUCCUAAUCCAGAGCCAGUUCUCCCUGGGUUGUAGCCUCACCGGCACUCUGAUCUUCCUCCAACAGAGGGCUCCACACAGCUCCCUCAGCUUAUUUCUGGCAGCUGCUCUCAGCUGGAAACUGGCAAGCUUGAGCCACAGUCUGUGGAUCCAUGUGGCCAGACUCUACCCGCUGCACAGCACUAAACAGUACUGUGGGAAGUGCAUCACUCUUCUAACCUCCGGACACACCAUACUGGCUUCACUGCAAAGAGCGGUUGUCUUGGCUUUUGCUGUAGCAAGUGUUGCUUCCACCGCUACAGUUUAUGACCACUUCCUGUCCCAGAAGGAUGCUAUGAAGUUCUGGACUCUGCUGACGCUCUGUUACAUUAUGUUGCUCGUGUAUAUUCAAGAGGAUGAGCAUCGGCAGACAGGCACAGCGGCCCUCCUGCACUCUGUAGUUAUGCGGCUGGGAGCCUUGCUCGUCCUCAUGCUUGCAAUGGGAUACUGGUCUGAUGUGUUUCAAAUCCUCAUCGCGUUUCUGGGAGAAGCAGUCUGUCUAUUGCCUUCUUGGGAUCUUCUGCAGGCUUUGCUGAAGGAAGAAAAAGAGGAAUCAAGCUUGAGCAGACGUGACGAGUGCUCCAGUCACAAAGGAACCACAAUUAAAACAUCAUCACGUGGCAGAUAACGGUGCACUCAAACUCCACCACAAUGAUUAUCAUUGACUGUCUCACCUGUAAAGAUGCACUAUUACUUUGUGUUGUAAAAUAAUAUUGUGCUUAAAGGCUUUAAUUGACUUCUUGUUGUUUGGGGUCUUAUAUUAAACAGAAAUAAUAUAAAAAAAUAAGCUGAUUUAGUAUUUAAUGUCCAGCCAUUUAUUUUUUUUCGCUAAUCCAAGUCAGGCUUGUGUGGGAGCUGGAGUCUGCUUUUAUGGGGAGAGAGGCGGACAGCUUGCCAGUCUAUCACAAAGAUAACACAGAGAGACCUACUUGCUUGCCUUUGGACUGUGGGAAGAAUCCAGAGAGAACCAACACAGGCACAGAACAUGUAAGCUCCACAUAAAGAGAGACAACAGUGGUAACCACUGUGCCGCCCAUAAUGUGUUUUAAAUGAUGGGAGCCAGGUGUGUUCAGAGACUGAAACAAUAAAAGUGCUCGCUACUAUAACAGAGAAGCUUUUGGCACUUAUCUGAUCACACGACUUUGGAGAACUGUAGAAGUACUGAUUAGUUACAGCUCAUUUAUUAUAAUUCAAUAGUGUUUCAGUGAAGUUUACUGUGAUUUUCUUUCAUAAAAUAUUCAGUUAUUUACAUUUUAUUGUUAUAUGAACUGAAGAGAAACUGGUGAUGUGUUCAUUAAAGGAUGGCUGUAAUCAGGGCAUUAACCCAGUGAGGCUAACUAGUUUAAAUACUAUUCAGUGUGUGCUAGUUAGAACAAAUGUGCUAGUUUUGUUCCCUGAUUACCAAGACUUUGAAGUACAAUUGAAAAAAAUAUAUAUACAUGCAAAACUAUUGAGUCACAUCUUGUUUCUUUAGAUUUUGUUAGGACAAUGGAAAAUGGGUGCAGCAAUUUAUUGAAAUGUGCAAACAAACAUGGAAAUACAGUGCUGCUCAAUGUAGUUUUUAGACCUGACACUUGACCAGUUUCCUUAGAUGUUUCAAGUA